AUGGCUAAGCGCUCUAUGUCAAAGCUGCUAAUGUUGCUGGUGGUGUAUGUUAUCUGUGUACCAGCCUCAGCACAAGUCUGCAGACUGCUUGGUCAGUCUGCCCUUUCUCUACUUUCUGCAGAUAGAGAUAUCAACAUUGGGGCAAUUUUCUCACUCCACAAAAGUGCUCUUUUGAAGAUCCAUAAUUUCACUUCCAAACCAGAGCAAGCAACAUGUGGAAGCUUGAACUUGCGUGAAUUUAAAUUUGUUCAGACUCUGAUUUUUGCUAUUGAGGAGAUCAAUAACAGCACACAGCUGUUGCCUGGUGUUUCUUUGGGCUAUAAAAUAUAUGAUUCCUGUGGCUCAAUAGCUCAGGCUAUCUUCUCAGGCAUGGCAUUGAUGAACGGUUAUGAAGAGACACUGAGUGAUACAUCCUGUUCUAGACCACUAGCCGUACAUGCUAUUGUUGGGGAGUCAAACUCCUCUCCCACCAUUGGCUUGGCAUCUUUAGUUGGUCCAUUCAGCAUACCUGUUAUCAGUCAUUUUGCCACAUGUGCAUGCCUGAGUAACAAAAAAAGGUAUCGAUCCUUCUUCAGAACAAUACCAAGCGAUUAUUACCAAAGCAGAGCUCUGGCUCAGCUUGUCAAGCACUUUGGCUGGACCUGGGUUGGGACAGUCAGGAGUCGCAGUGACUAUGGUAAUAAUGGUAUUGCAGCAUUUGAGGAGGCUGCAAAACAAGAAGGGAUUUGUAUUGAAUACUCAGAGGCCAUAUUUAAAACUGAUCCAGAAGAGCAAUUUCUGAAGACAAUAGAAGUGAUAAAGAAGGGCACUGCCAGGGUGGUACUGGCUUUUAUGGCAUUUGGAGAUUUUGUCCUCCUCCUGAAAGUAAUUGCUCAACACAACAUCACAGGGGUACAGUGGAUUGGCAGUGAAUCCUGGAUUACUUCUCAAAAUCUGGCAGAAACAAAGGAAUACAGUUUCCUUUCUGGAGCUGUGGGAUUUGCUAUAGCAAAUGCUAAACUUGUGGGCCUGCAAGAGUUCCUACUGAAUGUGCACCCUGAUCAAGAACCAAACAAUGAACUUUUAAAAGAAUUCUGGGAAACAGCUUUUCAAUGCUCUUUCAGGAACAGUGGCAGUGAUAGCUGUACUGGUUCAGAGCAACUUGCUGAGCUGCGAAAUGAAUAUACUGAUGUAUCCGAGCUACGAAUAGUAAAUAAGGUGUACACUGCAGUGUAUGCUGUUGCACAUACACUACAUAAUGUCUUCACAUCCUCCACCAACACCAGCAAAGGAGAACGGCCCACACCACAAAAGAUGUUGGAAUAUAUGAAAGAUGUGAGCUUCACUGUUAAAACAGGUGAGACAAUCUUCUUUGAUGCAAGUGGUGAUCCAGUAGCGAGAUAUGAUCUGGUGAACUGGCAGCCUGCUGAGGAUGGAAGUAUUCAAUUUAAGCAUGUGGGAUUCUAUGACAGCUCACUGUCUUCAGAGCAAUGUCUUCAAGUCAAUCAGGAACACAUGCUAUGGACAGGAAACAGUGGACAGUUGCCUGUGUCCGUGUGCAGUGAGAGCUGCCCCCCUGGCACUAGGAAGGCUGUGCAAAAAGGUCGGCCUGUCUGCUGUUAUGACUGUAUUCCGUGUGCAGAGGGAGAAAUUAGUAAUGGCACAGAUUCUAGUGCAUGCUUUCCUUGUGAUUUGGAGUACUGGCCAAAUGAAAGCAGAGACAGAUGUGUAUUAAAAGUGGUUGAAUUCCUUACCUAUACAGAAAUCAUGGGUAUGGUGCUUUGUAUUUUUUCCUUCAUUGGGGUGCUACUAACAGCAAUUGUAUCUCUUCUGUUUUAUCUUCAUAAAGAAACACCUAUUGUAAGAGCCAACAACUCAGAGCUGAGUUUCUUGUUGCUCUUCUCACUCUCACUGUGUUUUGUCUGUUCCUUUAUUUUCAUUGGUCGGCCCACUGAGUGGUCCUGUAUGUUGCGUCACACAGCAUUUGGGAUCACUUUUGUCCUCUGUAUCUCCUGUGUUCUGGGCAAAACUAUAGUGGUCUUAAUGGCUUUUAGAGCUACAGUUCCAGGAAGUAAUGUCAUGAAAUGGUUUGGGCCUCUUCAACAGAGACUCAAUGUUGUUUCCUUAACAUUAAUACAAGUGAUUAUCUGUGUGCUUUGGUUAACAAUAUAUCCUCCUUUCCCAUAUAUGAAUUUGAGCUAUUACAGAGAAAAGAUCAUUUUAGAAUGUAACUUAGGUUCAGCUCUUGGAUUCUGGACUGUUCUGGGUUAUACUGGCCUGCUAUCAAUCUUGUGUUUUGUUUUAGCCUUUUUUGCUCGUAAACUGCCUGAUAACUUCAAUGAAGCCAAAUUUAUCACAUUCAGUAUGCUCAUAUUCUGUGCUGUCUGGCUCACAUUUAUUCCAGCUUAUGUCAGUUCUCCUGGAAAAUUUACUGUAGCUGUGCAGAUAUUUGCUAUUUUAGCGUCAAGUUUUGGUUUACUAUUUUGCAUAUUUGCCCCAAAAUGUUACAUAAUUUUGCUAAAACCAGAGAAAAACACAAAGAAACAAAUAAUAGGGAAAUGA